CUUUAGGCUGGAUAGAAGUGAAUGUCAGAGAGAGACACAGGACUGACAUCUGACAAACGUGCUUUGUGAGGAUAUGUGUGACAAAGAAAUGGGACCUGAACUGCAAAAUACCUCGGCUGAAGCUGUUAGCCUUGAUGGAACAAGUGCCUUCUCGCAAAUGGAACACAACAUCGUCGCUGGAUAUCUUAUUGCUGCAUGUGUGAUUAGUUUGUCCAGUAACCUUGUGGUGCUGAUGAUGUUUGUUAAGUUCAAAGAGUUGCGUAAUGCCACUAAUGCCAUCAUCAUUAAUCUGGCAUUCACUGAUGUUGGCGUGGCGGGCAUAGGUUACCCCAUGUCUGCUGCCUCUGACCUACAUGGCAGCUGGAAAUUCGGUUACACUGGUUGCCAGAUAUAUGCUGCUCUGAAUAUAUUCUUUGGCAUGGCCAGCAUUGGACUACUUACUGUGGUUGCCAUUGACAGAUACAUUAGCAUCUGCAGACCUGACAUAGGGCAAAAGAUGACCACACGCUCAUAUACACUCCUGAUUGUGGCUGCAUGGCUGAAUGCAGUGUUCUGGUCUUCCAUGCCAAUCGUGGGCUGGGCUGGAUACGCUCCUGAUCCAACUGGAGCCACCUGCACCAUCAACUGGAGGAACAACGAUGCGUCCUUCAUCUCCUACACUAUGGCGGUGAUUUCUGUUAACUUCAUUGUACCACUGUCGGUCAUGUUUUACUGCUACUACAAUGUUUCAGUCACCAUAAGGAGGUACAAGGCCAGCAACUGCCUGGACAGCAUCAACAUAGAUUGGUCAGAUCAGAUGGAUGUCACUAAGAUGUCCAUUGUGAUGAUUGUGAUGUUCCUGGUGGCCUGGUCUCCAUACUCCAUAGUGUGUCUCUGGGCAUCGUUUAGUGAUCCCAAAAAGAUUCCUGCACCAAUGGCCAUCAUCGCCCCGCUUUUCGCAAAGUCUUCCACCUUCUACAAUCCCUGCAUCUAUGUGAUCGCAAACAAGAAAUUCAGAAGAGCUAUAAUAGGAAUGCUACGAUGCCAGACCCGUCAGCGAAUCACCAUCAGCAACCAAGUCCCCAUGACUGCUUCUCAAUCACCUCUCAACCAAUAGAUGAUGACCUGUGGUAGUGCCUACGCACAGCUCCUAUCAUGCCCUCUGCUCAGCGCUGGACGCUGUUCCUGUCCUGCACCAUUAUGACACCGUAACAGUCUCAUUUGGAUUUAAAAGGCCCCAAUAUGGUUGUUUGCUGUGAAACAUACCAGCAGCUCAGCAACUACUGGUGUUAAGCUUAAUGCAGAAGAUUUAAUAAAGUCUUGGCUUUAUGGUGUAAAGUCUGUUGUUGUUUUUUGGGCCUAUUGUAUGCAAUCAUUUGUUGCUCAAGCUGUAUUCCUUUACACAGAUGGUCACGUACACUGCAUAAAAUGAUAUCUUGGGAAGUGAAAACAUCUUAAAUGUAGUUUAAGUAUCUAAUCUUUCUAAUUAUGAGAUUGUUGUAAGAAUUUUACAAUAUUACAUAACUUAUUUCUAGACAAUUUUACUUUUUAAGCAAUUUUAUCUUAUGAAAGUGUCUCAUUCGCUUGGCAGAUCGUUUUACUUGUUUCAUGCAUUAUUUCCUGACAUAAGCAAAAUUAUCUGCAAUAUUUCUUGAAACAAGUAAAGUGAUCUGCUAAUGGAAUGAGACACUUUAAUAAGACAAAAUUACUUAAAACAAGUAAAACUGUAUAGAAAUAGGUUGAAUAAUCAUAUAUUAUUCUCAUGACAAUCUCAUAAUGAGAAAUUUUAGAUAUAUUGACUACAUUUAAGAUGUUUUUACUUACUAUCAUUUAUUGCAGUGCAGCAAAGGUUAAUUAUACCAAAUACUCAAAGAUUUACUUAAAAUUACUUACAACAAGUGAAAAACGUCUAGAAAUAAGAUAAAGGCCCGAUAUCAUGGAAAACCAUGUUUUCUUGCUUUUUAGAAAUUUCGAAAGAGAUUAAUAUUAUAUGUAAACAUUUUGAAAGUUUUAAAACAAGCCAUUCACUCCUCAGUCCAUACAGUUUGUACAUGGAAACUUAUUUGCAAAAACAGCCUGUUUUCAAUUAAACUGAAUUCAUGAAGUCUUGAUAAACUAAAACAUGUAACAUUACGUAUGUCUGCCUAUUCAGCCUAAAGCAAAUAACCAGAGCAUAGCUCAUUUACAUAUAUAAGUCUUAAAGUACCAUAUUCAAUUACUAUGAAAUGAUGUAUUUUGAUGAUAAAUCUAGUUUAUUACAGCUUAACACACUGUGUAUACAGUAGUUACCUUGUAAUUUAAAUUUAUACAAGCACAGUUGGCAACUGGCAACUAACUGGCAGUGAUAUUU